CUACUGUAUGCCUUUCUUCAUAUGAGACACAGCUUGAAAUAUUUUGAUAAAAUGAGAUGCUUGCGGAAACGAUCAGCAGUGUCAUUCUUAGGAGUCCUUGUCAUUUGCUUGCUGUUCAUGAACUUGUACAUUGAAGAUGGUUAUGUUUUGGAAGGGGACAAGCAAUUAAUCAGAGAAACAGCCACGCACCAGCUCAACCCAGAGCGCUAUGUUCACAAUUUUAAAGAUUUGUCUAAUUUCUCAGGAUCUAUAAACAUUUCCUAUCGCUACCUAGCUGGCACGCCUUUGCCAAGGAAAAGGUAUCUUACAAUUGGGCUAUCCUCUGUGAAACGGAAAAAGGGAAACUACUUGCUUGAGACCAUCAAGUCCAUAUUUGAGCAGUCAAGUUAUGAGGAACUCAAAGAAAUUGCAGUGGUAGUGCAGCUGGCAGAUUUUGACUCAGCCUGGUGUGAAGGGAUGGUCCAGGAUAUUUCACAGAAAUUUGCACAUCACAUAAUUGCGGGCAGAUUAAUGGUUAUUCACGUCCCUGAGGAGUAUUAUCCUGUACUGGAUGGCCUCAAGAGGAAUUACAAUGACCCAGAGGACCGUGUGAAGUUUCGAUCCAAGCAAAAUGUAGAUUAUGCUUUCCUUCUUAACUUUUGUGCCAAUCUUUCUGACUAUUAUGUGAUGCUGGAAGAUGAUGUUCGUUGCUCAAAGAAUUUUUUGACUGCUGUUAAGAAAGUAAUUACCUCACGAGAAGGAUCCUACUGGGUGACUUUGGAGUUCUCCAAACUGGGAUAUAUUGGAAAGCUUUACCAUUCCCAUGACCUCCCACGUCUGGCCCAUUUUUUGUUGAUGUUCUACCAAGAAAUGCCUUGUGACUGGCUGCUCAUCCACUUUCGUGGGCUGUUAGCUCAAAAGGAGGUGAUACGUUUUAAGCCGUCUCUGUUCCAGCACAUGGGAUACUACUCAUCUUACAAAGGAGCUGAAAACAAGCUAAAGGAUGAUGAUUUUGAAGAGGAAUCAUUUGAUAUUCCUGACAACCCACCUGCAAACUUGCACACCAACAUGAAUGUAUUUGAAAACUAUGAGGCAAGCAAGGCUUACAGCAGCAUUGACGAGUACUUCUGGGGCAAAGCUCCUUCUACUGGAGACUUCUAUGGAAUUGUAUUUGAAAAACCCAUUAAAAUCAGUAAAAUUAAAGUUGUCACUGGAACUGAAGACCGGCAAAAUGACAUUUUGCAUCAUGGUGCCCUGGAAGUAGGAGAAAAGAUUGCAGGGAGUAAAAAAGGGAGACAAUGUACUACCUACUUGAGACUAGGGGAAUUCAAAAAUGGGAAUUUUGAAAUAACUGAUGUAGAGCACAAAGUUCUGUUUGAUAUUAACUGCAUGAGAAUACUUGUUACCAAAAGUCAAAAAGAAUGGCUGAUCAUUAGGAGCAUUAGUGUCUGGACUUCUCAAACACCAAAUCAAUAAAGCAAA